AUGACAUUUCUGAUGGCGAAAAAUUAUGUUUUCUUUUUUUAUUUGUGUAGCUCUUUACUUUAUCAUAGAUACCCAUUUAAGAGUAAAUUUGUAUAUGAUAAUAAAAAUUUGAUACCUAACCUUUUUUUUUUUAAGGGGAAAUACAUAGAGGGUUCAAAUAUACUUAGUUGGAAUGAGGAAACAUAUGGUUAUUAUAAAUAUAAUAAAAUGAAUGAAUAUGGAAAGUUCAUUGGAAAAGACAUAAAAAAUAUAUUUAUGAGUAAAAAUCAAUGUCUGGUAAAUCAUAUAGAAAGAAGAGAAAUGAAUACAUCAUUUCUUUUGUAUAAUAUUAUAUCACAAAUAAAUGAAAUUAUAUAUUUGUUUAAAUAUAAUACGAUAAAAAAUAUUAAGAAUAUAUUCAAGAUAGUAUUAGUGAAGGAUUUCUUUUUAAUGUACAGGGAAAAUGAAAAUAAAAAUUAUAGAGGAAAAGAAUUAAAAGAAGAAAAACAUAAAAGCAGUGUAAUAUUUGUUGAAAGGGAAGUAAAUGAGAGGGGGAAAAUGGAACAUUUUAAUAUAAAAUUAAAACAGAAAGAAUGGUUUAGAAAUGUACGAAUUUUAAAUGAAGAAAAAUGUUUUUUAAAUUGUGGAAAAGGUGUUUGUAAGAAUACUCAUGGAUAUGAAUAUUGUAAUUGUCCAGAAGGCUUUUCAAGUAAUCCUGAAAAAAAUUUCGAAUGCGAAGAACAUUGUAAGGUAAACAAUGGAGGAUGUGAUAAGGACGCGAUAUGUGUACCUAUUUUAUCUGAGGAGGAAGAAAAAAAUAAUGUUGUAAAAGGAGUUGGAGUUAUAUGUAAAUGUAAAAAUGGAAAUACAAAAUAUAAUGGAUAUUAUUGUGGUUAG